GUUGAUGAAAGCAUUGAAAUGAAUCAGACCCUUAAAUAAAGGCUGUCGAAUUGUACCGUAUGAUCUAAGACAAGCUAUAUUAAAUAGGACCGGUCUGGUCUACGUCUUUCUGUCUGUUUCUCCUUCUCUUUCUUUUACAAUAAUUGAUACGCGCCGAGACUUUGGUGAACCGCUGCCCCACGCGCGCUGUUCUUGUCCCUGACUUUUAACGUCAUUUCCCCCCCCCCAUAUGUCUGUAGGGCUUGCCGGAUUUCCGCCCCAACUCCUUUGGUCAUUAUCUUUUGCUCCACACAAUAUUUGAUCAGCCUUGAUAAGACUCUUCGGCUGCCGACCGAGGUUUCUGAGCUUAUAUUUAUUUCUUCACCUCAAUCUAGCAACUACUGAGACGGUCCAUUGGAAGAGUGGUGACCUCUUGCAGUCGAGGUGUUUCCGCAAUGUCCGCAACUCUCUACAUCGACAGUCCGCACACGCACUUUACCAACCUCGAUUUCCUCACGGGCAAGGUUGUGGUAAAAUUGAAUUCGGAGACUCAAAUAAGUGGAAUCCAAGUUAAAUUAGAAGGAGAAAGUCGAACUCGCCUUUCAGGACCGCGACAUCCGCACCAUGAGCAGUCUGAUAAAAAGCGCACCGAGAUUGAGGUUCAUAAGAUCUUAUACAAGGUUCUCAAUCUCUUCCCAACACCGGCUGUCUUCAAUGAGAACACUCCGAAUACCGUUUGGACUUUUGCUGCUGGGACUUACGAGUAUCCGUUUCAAUUCAAGUUUCCCUUCAACAAUGCAUGUAGCUUUCAGAAUAGCAUGCUCACCAAUCUCAACAUUAGUGGUCUCAAAGUUGAGGUAGCUCGCGAUACACAUCGACAUGUGAAGAAAACAUUGCCUCCAUCAUUGAGUGGCUUCCCUCAAAUGGCAGACAUAAAAUAUUACGUCAAAGCGACAGUAGUUAGGCCACAGUUCUACAAAGAAAACAUAAGGACGCUUACCAACAUAAAUUUCCUUCCCAUUGAACCACCGAGGACAGGCAAUCCGGGUGAAGAAACAUAUGCACGACGUCAACAUCAAUUUGCGAAAGGCCCUAGUACAUCAAAGAUGAAGAGUUUGUUUCAAAAAGGCUCCAGUUCGUCUCUCCGAGAUUCUUCGAGUGACUCCCCUCGCGUAUCUGCAGACAUCAGGUUACCAAAUCCUUCGAUACUCACAUGUAACGAACCAAUCCCGCUACGUAUCCUUGUCAGUAAAACUUCGGAGUCAUAUGAAACGAUAUUUUUGCAGACACUGCAAAUUGAGUUAAUCGGCUAUACCAGAAUUCUUGCCCAUGAUCUAAAACGGGAUGAAACCAACACUUCAGUCAUCUUCAGCCGCAGUAAUAUGGCCAUUCCACUUGGGAGAGGAGGCGAUCCAGUCGGCACUGAGUGGACUAUCGAUGCCAAUAUGUGGAGUCACAUACCUCUCCCGAGCUCGGUGGCACCGACCUUUGAAACCUGCAAUAUCUCGAGGACAUAUGAGUUAGAAGUGCGGGUUGGUUUGAGUCAUGGCACUGUCGGCAAUAUGAAAUCCCAACUCAUUGUACUACCGUUACGAAUGCCUGUCAAGGUUUACUCUGGAAUCGCCCCGCCUCAGGCGCUUCUGGACGCCAUGGCUGAAGGCGGGCACAUUCAACCAGCAGUUUCCCCUACCAAGCCAAGCCGACCUUCCCAGGAAACCAGUGCACCGCCUCCGAUGCCUCCGAGGCCUACUAGACCUCCCGCGCCUAUGAAUCCAGAGGAUGGUUACGACGACGCGCCCCCGAGUUACGAGGACGCAAUGGCUGAAACUCUGAGUCCUGUGGAUGGCCCCCGUCGCGAGUAUAACCCACCAGCUGCCUCCUCCACCGGUAGACCUAUUGAAUUUGGAACUGAUCCAGGCACGCCAGUUCACUCGGCAAAGGAUCCUGAGCCUCAGACGCCCUACAGCAACCGUGAAGCGAACUCCUCGUCUGAGUCUUUCGACAUGCUUCCGUCUACUCCUCCUGAACCACAAACCGGGUCUCCCCCUACAUCUCCCGUCGCACGGCAACAAAGUGUGCUCAAAAUUCACAAACUCGCUGCUCUCCAGGAAGACAGUCCACCCCAAUAUCAGCCUGUAGCAGACCACCAACUGCAGUCGCCCGGAAGCCAAGCACAGCCAAGUUCACCCAGGCCAGAUGUUCGGGCUCUAAAACUAGGUGUUCCCAACAGGAAGCCUGUUCCCCGAAGUCCAAACUCCGGAGGUGCUUGAUCUCCUGGGAUCACUCAUUCAAUAGGCUUAUUUAAUGCCUGAACAUGAAUUUCUAUCAGUCAACUCAACUUUCAACAACCCUAGGGUCCCUUGUUUGGGCUAGGGUAAGUGUUAGGUGAGACAACACCAAAGUAAACUGUUUGAGGAAUUUAAUACGGGUAGCACUUGCUCCGAACAGCAUCAAAUGACACACUGGCUCCAUUGUUGUCUGUCUUAAGUGAUACGCGGCUCAGACAUGCAUCUACGGGAGUUUCUAUGGGCACUUUCCUUUUUCUGUCUUUCCUUGUGAGUCCUCGAUGUCAUAUCUUCUCUAUGGAUAGAACACUUGUGAUUCACCUAUCUCUACUCGUACAUGUUAUACAUAGUAAUCGUAAUGUCAUUCUACAUACAUGUACUUCUCUAGAUUAUA